AUGGCGAGACGGCGCGCCAGACGGUCGACUGUUUUCGUCGCCUUUUGCUUCGCAGCAGCUGUCAGCGGCCUCAUGCUCUUCAGGCCGUGCAGCAGCAGUGCCAGUGCCGGGGCGUUGAGGUUUUUCUCGGUCCAGCCGGACCCCUCUCGUGACUCGGCCGGCCGGCACGGAGCUUCAACUGCUCGAUGGAAACGCCGGUUCAACACCAGGCAAGGACCAGUGGUCCCUGGCGAUAUGGUCCAGUGGUCAGGUGCCUCCUCCUCUCACCAGAACAGGGAGGAGGAGGCUCUGCACAACUCAGCUGCUCGAGCUGACAGCAGCCUUAUACAGACAGCAGCAGCAGCAGCAGCAGCAGCAGCAGCAGCAGCAGCAGCAGCAGCAGCAUCUCCCUCACCCACUGACCUGGGGGCUGCUGCAGUAUCUAAGAUAGACGAACGCUUUCGUGCUGCUGUAGAUAACCCGCUGCAGCAUGCGGCACAAUACUGUGGGGUAAGGUAG